CGCCCAUCCUAAUGCAUUCUGGGGCUUGUAGUUCUGCUGCUUCUUCUACGCAAGCGCAGUUCUCAGGGGGGAGGGCGCUAGGGCAGUCGGUCCCCUCAGGCAUCGGUUUUUGGGUGGCUCCCGAGGUGCCUUCGGAUGUCCCCAGGCCCCAGCUCUACUUUGGAAGGCAAAGGUCCAGAGGAUCCCCCUCCCGAGCAGAAAUGAAUCCUAGGAGGAGACUCAGCUGAAGGACAGAGCCUAGAAACUGAUUCAAAGGAGCCUCUCCAGACCCUCCUGCCUGGGGAGACCAGACCCAAGUGAAAUCAGAAGAUUCAGAGAACAGCAAGGAGGGGGCGACCAUGGAAGCAUGGGUUCACGUGCUUGAAAAGAGAGCGGUGCCGAGAGGCCAGCUACAAAGGUGUGCAGAGUGGAGACGGGGAGAAAAGGAGAUGCCCUCUGGAUUCCUGGCAGCCCAGACCAAGGAAUCAGUCACUUUCAAGGAUGUUUCUGUGGACUUUACUCGGGAAGAAUGGGGACAACUGGACCCAACUCAGAAAAACUUGUACAGGGAUGUGAUGCUGGAGAACUAUAGAAACCUGGUUUCCUUGGGGCUUCAGGUUUUUAAGCCAGAUGUGAUCACCAGGCUGGAACGAGCAGAAGCUCCAUGGACACUGGAGAACAAAGGCUUCAGACCCACCUGUCUGGAUUGGGAAAUGAAGCCUGAGACUAAGGAGAUCUUUUCAAAACGGGGAAUGUAUAUGAAUGUGUCAUUGCCAGAAAAACUCAAAAGUGAUGAUCCCUGGGAUUACACAUUGGGACGAGUAUGGGACUAUGAUAGGAAAUUCAAGAAACAACGCAAUAGCCAAGAAAAAGAGUCACGAGAAGUAGGGGUCAUCCCCAAGAAAACAGCCAGUGAUAUGAGAAGCCAAGAAGGUAAUUUGGGGAGGAAUUUUGGACAAAUGUCACUUCUUGUUGCACAACAAGAUAGUACUACAAAAAAGCAUCUCCAUCAAUAUGAUACAGGUGGAAAUAGCUUUAAACAGUAUUCAGAACUAAUUAAAUACAACAGAAUUUCUCCAGGAUUGAAACCUUAUAAAUAUGAAUACAAUAAAGCUUCCAAUUCCAACUCAGACCUUAUUCAGUAUAGUAGAAUAUCCACUGUAGAGAGAAUCUCUAAUUUUGACGAAUUUGGCAAAGCCUUCCAACAAAAGAAGCACCUUAUCCAACCCCAGAUAAACCACGCUGGACACAAAGUCUAUAAAUGUGGUGAAUGUGGCAAAUUCUUCAGACAGAGCAUGCACCUUAUUCAGCACCAGAGAAUUCAUACUGGAGAGAAACCAUAUCACUGUAAUGAAUGUGGGAAAUCCUUCAGGCAGAAGAUUCACCUGAUUCGACACCAGACACUUCACAGUGAAGAGAAACCCUUUAAAUGUAAUCAUUGUGGGAAAUGCUUCAGCGACAGCUCAUCCCUCAAUGUCCAUCAGAGAAUUCAUACUGCCGAAAAGCCCUAUCACUGUAGUGAGUGUGGCAAAGCCUUCAGCCUCAGUCAGUACCUUAUUCAACACCAGCAAAUUCAUACCACUGAGAAACGUUAUAAAUGUGGUGAGUGUGGCAAGGCCUUCAGCCUGAGUCAGUACCUUAUUCGGCAUCAGAAGAUUCAUACUGGAGAGAAACCCUAUGAAUGCAAUGAAUGUGGGCAGACCUUUACUCAGCAGGGAAGUCUUACUCAGCACCAGAGAAGCCACGCUGGGGAGAAACCCUAUAAAUGUAGUGAGUGUGGAAAAGCCUUUGGCCGCAGUCUCUAUCUUACUCGGCAUCAGAGGAUUCACACCGGAGAGAAGCCCCAUAUAUGUGGGGAAUGUGGGAAAUCCUUUAAUGAUACGGCGGUCCUUGCUCUCCAUCAGAGGAUUCACACUGGGGAGAAACCGUGUAAGUGUAAUGUUUGCGGAAAGGCCUUCCGCCAUACAAACCAGGUUACCCAGCAUCAGAGGAUUCACACUGGGGAGAAGCCCUAUAAAUGUAAUGAAUGUGGAAAAGCUUUCACUCACUGUGCUGGCCUUACUCAUCAUCAGAGAAUUCACACUGGAGAGAAGCCCUAUAAAUGUGAUGAAUGUGGAAAAGCCUUCAAACAGAAAGUUUACCUUACGCAGCAUCAGAGAACUCACACUGGAGAGAAACCCUAUAAAUGUGAUGAAUGUGGGAAGACCUUCAGGCAGUGCUCAGCACUCAUUUCUCAUAAAAGAACUCACACUGGAGAGAAGCCCUACACUUGUAGGGAAUGUGGAAAGGCCUUCAGUCAUAGCUGUAGCCUUACUCUGCAUCAGAGAAUUCACACUGGAGAGAAACCCUAUAAAUGUAAUGAAUGUGGGAAAGCCUUCAGCCAAAAUAUAUUCCUUACUAGACAUCAGAGAACUCACACUGGGGAGAAACCCUUUAAAUGUAGUGAAUGUGGCAAAGUAUUUAGCCAGAGUAUGUCUCUUACCCGCCACCAGAAAACGCACACGGGGGAGAAACCCUACAAAUGUGAUGAAUGUGGAAAAGGCUUCAUCCAGAAGAUCCAGUGUAUUCAGCACCAGAAAAUUCAUACAGGAGAGAAAUCUUAAAAAAUGUAUUCAUCUAAGAAAGGCCUCCAGCCGGAGCAGAGGCAUCAUCAUUCAACAGCAGAGAAUUCAUGUUGCGAUAGGAAAUGUAUAAAUGUAAUUAAUGAGUAUUAGAAGGCCUUCAAGUGUAGUUUAUUCCUUGCCACAGCUUUCAGAGUAGUACAAAAUACAGAGUGUCUAAAGUUUUAGGCCUACUUAUCGACCAAUCAGCAGGUAUUUCGUAAGCAGUCAGUUUGGUCCAAGCAUUAGAAAUACCAGUACAAAGAACGAAUGCUCCCAUGGAGCUUACAAAGAAUAAGACCCAAGAGAACAAGAAGAAAAAGAUAUCUUCUCUUUCCUGCCUUGGUAAUAGGGGUUAAUGGGUGUAUGCAAUCAAGAGCAGGAAAUCCAUAGGGAGGAAGUCUGAACUAACAUCUCUGAGAAACAGGGGCCGCCAAUGCCACUUGCAUCCCUAAAUCUGGGAUCCUAUUUAUUCCCCAGGCAAACAGAGGCAGAAGAAGAUAUACAAUAUGACUAUCAUGAUAUACAUGAGAGCUAUGCGAAAAGGUAGCUGAACUCGAUUAAAUGCAGUGAGCAAUCUUAGUUCUGGACAAUAGAUGAUGCUACAUACUUCCCUUUGGUCGGAGAGGUGGGAACUCCAGGCGUGGAAUGUUGCAUGUGUUGUCAAACACAAUCCUGGUGUCCGUCACUUGGUUUGUUAUGAGGGGGGGCUCUUUGAGGGGGGAGGGGGGAAGGUAAAUAAGGAAAUCAUGUCAGUGUAAAAAUGGCUCAAAUAAAAAAAUAAAAUUUCCUACAA